AUGACGACUAUGCGUGUAGCAAGACCUCUGCUAUUCCAAAUCACCCUCCUGCUAUUCAGCACAAGGCUUCCCCUGGUGGUAUGUGGUAAUGGCCACUUGGAAACUCCAGGUCGAAACGAAAUUGUGCACUUGCCAGGCCACACUAUUGAAAACUCCCAUCAACUGCCUCUUCCUCAUACCUACAUUACUCCCGAACAGUUACCCAAGGCAUUUGACUGGGGGAAUGUCAAUGGAGUUUCCUAUCUCACGGGAUCUCGCAAUCAGCAUCUUCCUCAAUACUGUGGAAGCUGCUGGGCCCAUGGAUCACUCUCGGCUUUGGCAGAUCGCAUCAAAAUUGCAAGAAACUCAUCCAUACCAAAAAGUGACAUUCAUUUGUCCGUUCAGCACGUCCUCAACUGUGGAGGGAAAGUUGCGGGAAGUUGUCACGGAGGAUCAGCCACUGGAACCUACGAAUUCAUCCAACAGAAUGGAUACGUUGCCUACGAAACCUGUCAGCCCUACAUGGCAUGCAGCAACGAGUCACAAUGGGGAUUCUGUCCUCAUGUGGAUACCACCUGCCAACCACAAAACAUUUGUCGAAACUGCGGCAUGAAGUAUGUACUCUUUGACAAUCAAUGCACGGCCAUUCCAAGUGACCGCAUCCCCAAUGCAUCCAUUGCCGAAUUUGGAACCAUUUCACUCAGUGACAACAACAAUAUUCAUGCAAUCAAGGCCGAAAUCUAUGCGCGAGGUCCCGUCGCGGCGGGAGUCAAUGGAAAACCACUGCACGUCUAUCAUGGUGGUGUCUACAAGAAUCAAACCGCCGACAAACACAACACGCACAUUGUCAGUAUUGUGGGGUGGGGUGUUAACGACGAAAACGACAACGUUAGUGUGGAAUACUGGAUUGUCCGCAAUAGUUGGGGAGAAUAUUGGGGCGAAAAAGGAUUUUGUCGCAUCCAAUUGGGACACAACAUUUGUGGGAUUGAACACAAGAUUGUGUGGGCCACUCCGGGACGCUUCACGGUGGGUGCCAGAGGUGCUUCCCAACGAUAUGUGGAUCCUUCCAGUAACAACAACAACGACAGGAUGGCUCUCCAAAAAGGAAGGUAGAAUCGUGAAUUCAAGCAAAAUUGCCGUA